UUAAUUUUUUUUUUUUUUUUUUUUUUUUUUUUUUUUUUUUUUUUUUUUCCUUCCUCUCAUUGCUGUUUGCCGUUUCUAAACGCUACUUUGCGUGGAAGAAGGAGAAGGGGAAAAAGUUGGGAGCGGAUGGCUGUAGUUUCUGCUCUGGGAUCCUCAUUCAUUCCUCGCUGAACCUCCUGUUGCAUAAAUGAUGCUCCGGGAGCGAGGCUUUUUCUUUUUUUUUCUCCUCCGGAUUUGGGUUUAGAGUGGAUGUUACCGGGUUUCGAUCGCCUCUUUGGAAAUACAAUAUCGCUUUUUUGUUGGUGGUGGUUUUGCUGCCCCUCCAUCUUUUUUCCCUCCCUUCUUCUCAACUACCCACCCCCCCCGACCCCCACCCCCCUGAAAAAUCCGAUUGUGUUUCCUGCAAGGCUCGGGACUGGGUUUCUGAUUGCGGUUAUUUCCAUGUUUCUAGGUUUGUGUGAUUUUGCUAAAAUGCAUCACCAACAGCGAAUGGCUGCCUUAGGGACGGACAAAGAACUGAGUGAUUUACUGGAUUUCAGUGCGAUGUUUUCACCUCCUGUGAGCAGUGGGAAAAAUGGACCAACUUCCUUGGCAAGUGGACAUUUUACUGGCUCAAAUGUAGAAGACAGAACUAGCUCAGGGUCCUGGGGGAAUGCAGGACAUCCUAGUCCAUCCAGGAACUAUGGAGAUGGGACUCACUAUGAUCAUAUGGCGAGCAGAGACCUUGGGUCGCAUGACAAUCUCUCUCCUCCCUUUGUCAAUUCCAGAAUACAAAGUAAAACGGAAAGGGGCUCAUACUCAUCAUAUGGAAGAGAUUCGAAUUUACAGGGUUGCCACCAGGUUUAUGCCCCGUCAGCAAGCACUGCCGACUACAAUAGGGAUUCACCAGGUUAUCCAUCCUCAAAACCAGCAGCCAGCACUUUUCCUAGCUCCUUCUUCAUGCAAGAUGGCCAUCACAGCAGCGACCCGUGGAGCUCCUCCAGCGGGAUGAACCAGCCUGGCUACGGGGGCAUGCUGGGCAACUCUUCUCACAUCCCCCAGUCCAGCAGCUACUGCAGCCUGCACCCGCACGAUCGCUUGAGCUACCCAUCACACUCCUCAGCAGACAUCAAUUCCAGUCUUCCUCCGAUGUCCACCUUCCACCGCAGUGGCACGAAUCAUUACAGCGCGUCCUCUUGCACACCCCCUGCCAACGGGACGGACAGUAUCAUGGCAAACAGAGGAAGUGGGGCGGCAGGCAGCUCGCAGACUGGUGAUGCGCUGGGGAAAGCACUUGCCUCUGAUUUCAACGUAUUUUCCUGCGGUACUGGGUGUGAGAUGCGCAUCCAGGCGGCAGCGCCCGGCGGUUCCCGUGCUGGCUGCGCGGGAGGCUGGUGGCCCCGCAGAGAUGAGCAGAGAGGGGUCCUACACGCUGGAUUGCCAGUGCAGAGAGAAGCAGGCACAGCUGUUUGGUCUAGAAAUGGAGGUCAAGCGUCAUCAUCUCCCAAUUAUGAAGGUCCCUUACACUCUUUGCAAAGCCGGAUCGAGGACCGCCUGGAGAGGCUGGACGACGCCAUCCACGUCCUCCGCAACCACGCGGUGGGACCGGCCCCCGCCAUGCCGGGGGGCCACGCCGACAUGCACGGCUUGAUAGGGCCCUCGCACAACGGAGCCAUGGCCGGGCUGGGCUCCGGUUACGGCACCGGCCUGCUCUCCGCCAACCGGCACUCGCUCAUGGUCGGAGCGCAUCGCGAGGACGGGGUCAGCCUCCGCGGGAGCCACUCGCUCGUGCCAAACCAAGUGCCGGUCCCCCAACUGCCCGUCCAGUCGGCCACCUCCCCGGAUUUGAACCCGCCCCAGGACCCGUACAGGGGCAUGCCAACCGGGCUGCAAGGGCAGAGCGUCUCUUCGGGGAGCUCCGAGAUCAAAUCCGACGACGAGGGAGAUGAAAACCUCCAGGACACAAAGUCUUCUGAGGACAAGAAACUAGAGGAUGACAAGAAGGAUAUCAAAUCAAUUACUAGGUCAAGAUCUAGCAAUAACGACGACGAGGACCUGACCCCGGAGCAGAAGGCCGAGAGGGAAAAAGAGAGGAGAAUGGCCAACAACGCGCGGGAGCGCCUGCGCGUCCGCGACAUCAACGAGGCUUUCAAGGAGUUGGGCCGGAUGGUGCAGCUCCACCUGAAGAGCGACAAGCCCCAGACCAAGCUCCUGAUUUUACACCAGGCCGUGGCUGUCAUCCUCAGCUUAGAGCAGCAAGUGAGAGAACGGAACCUGAACCCCAAAGCGGCGUGCCUGAAAAGAAGGGAAGAAGAGAAAGUAUCUUCGGAUCCUCCGCCGCUUUCCCUGGCGGGACCCCACCCUGGGAUGGGAGACGCCUCCAAUCACAUGGGACAGAUGUAAAACACAAACAAAUGAGAACAAAAUGCAAAUGAAAACAAAAAGGUCCAAGUUGCCACAUUUCUUCAUUUAAGCAAGAGACCACUUCCUUAACAGCUGUAUUAUCUUAAACCCACAUAAACACUUCUCCUUAACCCCUUUUUUUUUUUUUUGUAAUAUAAGACAAGUCUGAGUAGUUAA